CCCGAACCGGAAGAGGCGCGGCGGCGGCGGUUGGAGGCGCUGGCGGUUAGGGCGGGUGGCGCGCUUGGGGCCUGCCUGGCGAGGCCCUUCCGUCUUCCUGCUUCGCCCCGGUUCCAGCCCGGGCUCCUGCUCCCGUCUCUGGAAAUAUGUCCGAGGGAGUGGAUCUGAUCGAUAUCUACGCAGACGAGGAGUUCAACCAGGACUCGGAGUUCAGUAAUGCCGAUCAGAUGGAUCUGUACGACGACGUGUUAGCAGCCAGCUCGCAGCCCGCUGAAAGCCGCACCAGCAGCUCAGAGCCUCCUCCAGAGAUCCGCCAGGAGCCCUCCCCCAAGCCCAACAACAAAGCUCCUGCCAUCCUGUACACGUACAGUGGACUGCGCAACAAGAGAGCUGCCGUCUAUGUGGGCAGCUUCUCCUGGUGGACGACUGACCAGCAGCUCAUCCAAACCAUCCGCUCAGUUGGUGUCUAUGACGUCGUGGAGCUGAAAUUUGCAGAGAACAGAGCCAAUGGCCAGUCAAAAGGGUACGCAGAGGUGGUGGUUGCCUCUGAAAACUCAGUCCACAAACUCCUGGAGCUCCUUCCAGGCAAAAUCCUCAACGGAGACAAGGUGGAGGUGAGGCUGGCGACCCGGCAGAACCUGUCACAGUUUGAGGCGCAGGCUCGCAAACGUGUACCGCCAAGAGCUCACUCUCGGGAUUCCAUGGACUUGGUGGAUGGCCGUGCCACGCCGACGGAGAACGCUUUGCCGCCCGCCCGCGUGGAGAAACCCCCUUCCGUCCUGCCUUUUUUCAACCGCCCCCCUGCCGCCCUGCCCCUCAUGGGGCUCCCUCCACCGCCCAUGCCGCCCCCACCACCCCUCUCCUCCACGUUUGGUGUUCCCCCGCCUCCGCCUGGCAUCCAUUACCAGCACCUCAUGCCCCCGCCGCCCCGACUUCCGCCGCACCUCACUGUGCCGCCCCCGGGGGCCGUUCCCCCUGCCCUGCACCUCAACCCUGCCUUCUUCCCCCCUCCCAACGCGGCUCUGGGCCCUCCACCAGACACCUACGGCAAAGUCAUGGCUCCCUACAACCAUAGCAGCCGGGAGCUCGGCCCGCCGCCACCACCCGUGAGUGAGGUGGAGUUUGAGGAGAUCAUGAACCGCAACCGCGCCAUCUCCAGCAGCGCCAUCUCCAAGGCGGUGUCUGGUGCCAGUGCAGGCGAUUACAGCGACGCCAUCGAGACGCUUCUCACAGCCAUCGCCGUCAUCAAGCAAUCCCGUGUUGCCAAUGACGAGCGCUGCCGUGUCCUCCUCUCCUCCCUCAAGGACUGCCUGCAUGGCAUCGAAGCCAAGUCCUACAGCUCUGGCGGCAGCAGCAGCUCCUCCAGGUAUGGAAUACGGGUGGGAUUCCCUGCACCCGUUUGGGACCUUUGCCCACCGGCUCAAUCCCAGCUUGGAAUUACCCCCACCAGAGGUGAUCAAAAGCUUCUCUUCUCCAGGAAAAGACACCGGUCUCGGGAACGUUCUCCCAGCCGGUCCCGUGAGAGCAGCCGGCGGCACCGGGACCUGCUCCACAGUGAGGAUCGGCACGAGGACUAUUUUCAGGAGCGGAACCGGGAGCACGAGCGACAUCGGGACAGGGACAGAGAGAGGGACCGGCACCACUGAGACAGGAAUUUGGCAGUAAGUGGUUUUUAACGGACUCGUAUCUCCUCACCUCGACCAGGACUCCGUGACUGAGGCCGCUUCGCACCCCCCUGCCCCUUCCCUGCCAUUCCCAGCUCUCUCCGGGUGCCCAAGGAAAGCUGUGCCCCGGCGGGAUUCCCACCGACACCUCGUGGCCUUGGGGCCCUCGCCCGCACUCUCCGCUCCUGUUGCUUCCCAGGGAGAGGUGGGAAGGCCCUGGCCGCCCUGCUCCACUCUGUGGACACUCGGACCCAAAGAGAAAUGGUGCUUUUAUUCCAUGGAGGGAAGGGUGGGAGCCCUUUCCAGAGGGGAUGGAGCCGUCCCUGUGGAGCACCGGGCCCUGGCGGCGCAUGGCUCCCAAUCCCAGCCCUGUCUUUGCUGGAAGCGGGAUGCGCUCUUCUGCCACGUACCACGCUCUGGGGACACUCCUGUCCCCAGCGCCGUAACCCCUGUCUGGUGGGAUACUGCGCCAAGCUCCUGGUUUUCCCAAUCUGGUCCCCUCUGCGGCUCUGCUGGGAAAGGGGGCCUGGAGCUGGGCUGGGGGUCCUCCCCUCUCUCCGCCCCGGCAUUCCCACUUCUCAAACCACUUCCAAGCGCCAGCAGGACCCUGCAUGGAGCCGGCCUCUCCCACAGCGCUUUCCUUGUUUUAGAGGAAGCCUGGUUGUGUCACGCAGGCCAGGAUUGAGCUCCCCAUCCCUGUGCCUCUCCCAGGUCCCUCAUGCGUCCUUCCAGCCGCAGCAGGAGAGCCUGGGAGAGUUGGCAUGAGCUGAGGAGACACAAGGUGUCCCAUACACGUCCCUCCGGCUGGAGCGGGGAUAGCUCGCGAGGGUCAGGAUGAACCAAGAAGCCACAGGGUGUCCCACACGCACCUCUCUGGCUGGAGCGGGAGAGCCUGGGAGUGUUGGGAUGAGUCGAGGAGACCCAGAGCGUCCCACAUGCAUCCCUCCAGGUGCAGUGGGAGAACCCAGGACGGUGGGGAUGAGCUGAGGAGACUGAGUGUCCCACACGCAUCCCUCUGGGUCAAGCAGGAGAACCCAGGAGUAUUGGGAUGAGCCAAGAAGACACAAGGUGUCCCACACGCAUCCCUUGGGUUGUAGUGGGAGAGCUCAGAAGGGUCAGGAUGAGCCAAGGGGACACAGGGUGUCCCACAUGCGUCCCUCUGGCUGGAAUGGGAGAGCCUGGGAGGGUUGGGAUGAGCCAAGGAGACACACAGUGUCCCACAUGCGUCCUUCUGGCCACAGCAAGAAAGCCUGCAAGGGUCAGGAUGAGCUGAGAAGACCCAAGGUGACUUCCAAAGCCUGGCUGAGCGGCAUCACCCGCUGAACAGGAAAAAAAAUGGCUCUGGAGGCCUUUUUAGGUUGAAAUAACCUGCCCCGUCUUGUAACAAAUCCCGAGGCGCCAGCUCAGCGGGUGAGUGCUGGGGGGGAACACUGGGCAGGAGAGUUCUGUUUUUUUUACUUAACGACACAAAAUUUUUAGUUUCAUUUCCAAACAGUGGGGGGCAAAGCCCCGUUCCCGCCCCCCCCGGCGAGGCGCUGCCCCCUCCUGCUCCCGGUGGUUUGUUUGUCUUACAGAUAGGUUGGAAAUUGUGUAAUAAACGAUGACGCUGUCAAUCUUUUAUAUGGAGCUGGAGGGCUUUUCCGUUGCCUUCCCAUCCUGGGUCAGGCUUUUAGUGAAGCGGGGAGUGGUUUAAGGGCACGGUGUGGGAGGGAGGGGCAGCCUCUGGGGGACCCUUGCUGCCCUCUGCCACCUCUGAGGGGCUCCUGUGCUGCCUGAGCCAGCUUGGAGCAACAGGAUGGGAAUUCCAGGGGACUUUGAGUACCUCUGUGUCCCCUUUGCUGCCCUCCGACACCUCCGAGGGGCUCCUAUGCCCCCAGAUCCAGCUUACAACAGUGAGAUGGGAAUUCCAGGGGACUUAAGGAGCCCCUGUGUGUCCUUUGCUGCCCCCCCCCCCAAGCUGGCUCAGAGCAGUGGGAUGGGAAUUCCAGGUCCCUCUGGGUGCCCCUCGUUGCCCUCCAAAACCUCUGAGGGUUUCUGUGCCCCCAGAACCAGCAUGGAGCAGCAGGAUGGAAAUUCCAGGACACCUCUAAGUGCCUCUAUGUCCCCUUUGAUGACACCUAUGAGGGGCUCCUGUGCCCUCAGAGCCAGCUUGGAACAGUGGGAUGGGAAUUCCAGGGCCCUCUGGGUGCCCCUUGCCACCCUCCAACACCUCUGAGGGUUUCUGUGUCCCCAGAACCAGCUUUGAGCAGCAGGAUGGGAAUUCCAGGGGACUUGGAGUGCCUCUGUGUCCCCUUUGCUGCCUUCUGACACCUCUGAGGGGCUCCUGUGCCCUCAGAGCCAGCUUGGAGCAGAGGGUUGGCAAUUCAAGGGGAUCCUCGCUGCCCUCCAACACCUCUGAGGGGCUCCUGUCCCCCCCAAGCCAGCUCGGAGCUGUUGUGCUGGAAGCUCCCAAGGUACUGGAAGCUCUCAAGUGCUUCCUGCCCAGGGGAAUCCCAGGCACUGGAUAAAAAUAAAUG